AUGAGCUCCAAGACCAAAGUCCUCUUUGUCCUCACAUCCGCGAAGCAAGGAUGGUAUCUCCCCGAGUUCGCCCACCCCUACCAAGUGCUGGAGAAGCACAUUGAAGUCACAAUCGCCUCCCCACUGGGCCACAGCGUGGUAGACCCGAUCUCGGUGCGACUAUUCAAAGACGACGCGUACUGUCAAGAAUUCUUCGCGACCAAGAAAGACCUCUGGACGAGCACGGCGCUCCUGUCGUCCUACGCGGGCCGCGCCAGCGAGUUCGACAUGAUCUUCAUCGUCGGCGGCUUCGGGCCCAUGUGGGAUCUGGCCACGGACGAGACGUCAAUCGGGCUGAUCAAGGACUUCUACGAGGCCGGCAAGUACGUCGUCGGCCUGUGCCAUGGCGCCGCCGCCUUCGUCAACGUCAAGCUCUCCGACGGCUCGUAUUUGCUCAAGGGCCACCCCGUCACCGGCUUCAGUGAUCUCGAGGAGGAGCAGGCCAUUGCGACUAAGGUCGCGCCGGAUGGCAUUCCGUUUGAUCUGCAGAAGCAGCUGAACGAGCGCAGUGGUGGACUGUAUGAGAAAAAUCCCGAGGCGUGGCAGCCUCAUGUUGUUGUCGCGACGCCCAAGUUGAUCUUUGGUCAGAAUCCUAACAGUGCGCAUCCGCUGUCUGUUAAGGUUCUGGAGAUCCUUCAGGGAAAGAGCUGA